ACCGGAAGUCCACUGAACGCCCCUCCCCCUCCGAAAACUGCUGAAAACGGACGGGAAGGCGCCUCACGGCGCCUCCUGUCGGCGGAGUCGCCGGCAAAGCCGAAAUGGGGUUUGCGGCGAGGCCACCUGAGCGUCUCCCGGCCGUGGCAGGAUGGGACAGGAGCCCGAGCAGCGUCUAGGAGAGGGUGGGUUCUGCCGGGCACAGCCGGCUCCAGCGUGAUUGCCACUAUUAAUGACCUGCCAACCCCUCCCUUGAUGGCCAUUCGAGGACUCUGAGCCCAGAGCGGCAUCCACAGGGAAAGAGAGCCAUGGGUCCGCGGGCAGGCUCUCUCCUGCUUCUGCUGCUGCAGCUGGCGCCAGGGGCCCGCGGGGAUGAGCUGCCAACAGAGUGCGGCCACUCUUCGAGUGCCGGGACGGCUGUGCAUGGCCAAGACAACCCACUAGCACGUUGGCCAUGGCAGGUUGGCGUGUGGAUGUCCAAAUGGGGGCACAUGUGUGGGGGCACCCUCCUUCACCACAGCUGGGUGCUCUCGGCCGCCCAUUGCUUCCUCAAGUCUUCGGACCCUAAGGCCUACACCGUUAAAAUCGGAGGGCUGACAGUCUCCGCUUUGGAGCCUCACACUUUCAUGGUGUCCGUGGAGAGUCUCUUCCUCCACCCCUCGUACCACAGAAGCAAGCUGUCCAGUGGAGACAUCGCCCUGCUGCACCUGGCCACCCCCGUGCAGCUCUCCCUCUUCACCCCCAUCUGCCUCCCAACACCUCAGGACUCCUUUGCCGUUGGGACCCUUUGCUGGGUAACAGGCUGGGGCUCCAUCCUGCAGAGAGCCCUGUCAACUGUCCUUGAGGAAGUGGCUGUGCCGCUGCUGGACUCGAACAUGUGCGAGCUGUUGUACCAUCUCGGGGAGUCCAACCUGGUGGGGCAGCACCUCAUCAAGGAUGACAUGCUGUGUGCUGGCUUUGUCGAGGGCAGGAAAGAGUCCUGUAAGGGUGACUCCGGGGGACCGCUGGUCUGUGCCGUCAACAACACGUGGAUCCAGGUUGGGAUUGUGAGCUGGGGAUUUGGCUGUAUUUGGGCAUACCGGCCUGGCGUCUACACCCGAGUGUCAUCCUACACAGACUGGAUUAAAAAAACCAUGUCCGAGCAUCAGUCAAGCGCCCCUGACCCCUUGUCAAGCACCUCUGAGUCCGGCCCAGGUGUCCCGGUGUCCCCCCCAGGCACCUCUGAGUCUGGCCCAGGUGUCCCGGAGGCCCCCCCAGGCGCCUCUGAGUCUGGCCUAGGUUUCCCGGGGUCCCCCCCAGGUGCCUCUGAGUCUGCCCCAGGUGGCCCAGUGCACCCCUCAGGCCCCUCUGAGUCCCACCCAGGUGCCUCAGAGUCCCACCCAGGUGCCUCAGAGUCCCACCCAGGUGCCUCGGAGUCCCACCCAGGUGCCUCGGAGUCCCACCCAGGUGCCUCGGAGUCCCAUCCAGGUGCCUCGGAGUCCCACCCAGGUGCCUCGGAGUCCCACCCAGGUGCCUCGGAGUCCCACCCAGGUGCCUCGGAGUCCCACCCAGGUGCCUCGGAGUCCCACCCAGGCGCCUCAGAGUCCCACCCAGGGAGCCCCGAGUCCCACCCAGGGAGCCCCGCGUCCCACCCAGGCUCCACAGGGUCUGCCCCAGGCCCCCCUGGGGCCUGCCCAGCGCUGCUGCCCGUGCUGUGGGCCGUCCCCUCGCUCGGGGUCCCCUGAGCCAAGCCUCCUCCUGGUGGGGUUUGUUGAAUCUAAUAAUAAAAGAUGCAGGUUAUGUAAUUUA